CCGCAACAUUUUCGCAACCAAAGUUUUCCAUAGAAACAGCAAUGUGUUGAAAGUAACACUACAGGCUAGUAACAGCUGAGCAGACUGACAUUCGCUUUACACAUUCUUUAGUUCAAUACUUUUAAACUACACCACCGCCGUAGGAUACUUCUCACACUAUUCUUCUAAUCAGGUCGAUAAACUUGCAGUAGUUAUCAAACAAGAAAUACAACGUGUCACUUUUGAACGAAUCUGACAAUCAACACGUCUGACAGCAACAAUGGCACCGUUUUUUAUGUUUGCAGCAUCAACACUUCUCGGCAGUUUGGCAGCAGCAGCAGAAACAUGGGGUAAAAAUAUUCACUGGGUGUCACUAAGGGAAGCUCAACGAAUGUCAAAGGAGGAGAAGAAGCCAACUAUGGUUGUCAUAACCAAAACCUGGUGCAGAGCCUGUAAAGCAUUGAGACCCAAGUUUGCCAGCAAUCAAGAUAUUGAAAAGUUUAGCAGUAAUUUUAUUAUGGUCAAUCUGGAGGAUGAUGAUGAACCAAAAAGUGUAGACUUCCGUCCGGAUGGUGCUUAUUAUCCUAGAAUUCUGUUUUUGGAUGUUGAUGGUGUAGUGAUGGAGAACAUAUACAACAAAAUGGGUAACAGACAGUACAAAUAUUUUUAUUCUGAUGUUGAACCAAUUGUAUCAAACAUGAAAGAAGUUCUCAGACAGACUGGAGGCAACAAGUUUAACAAGGGCACUGAGCUGUAGGUUUUCUCCAAGAACAAAGAUCUUAUCAGGGGGAUAGCUGAAAAUUUUCAAAGAGUUAAAUAGUUCCUCCACACUGAUGAUGUGAACAUUGAAGCGUGUGAAUGUCCUAUCCUCCCAACCUGAAGCUCUUGUGUGAGAAUAUCCUAUCCUAAACCACGAACACCAAUUAAGUUGAACAACCUUGAACUCUAGAGUAAGUUGUAAACCCUGAACAUGCUGCCCACAGUUGAACAACCUUGAACUCUAGUGUAAUUUGUUAGCCCUAAACAUGCUGCUCCAGACUGGCUUACCCAUUAUGUCAAACUUGCUGAAAGAACUGAACUAAAGAAAUGUGUAUCAAGCUGUGAAUUGUCUAAUGUCAUUGCAACACUUAACACAGCUGCAGAAUAAAGUCAUCAAAAAAUA